GUCUUGUAUCAUCGCCAGUUGGCUGUUGCAUUGGUAGUAUCCGGCGCGACGGUGUAGCAAUUGCAGUACGUCCAUGCCACCCUUUCCGAGAUUCGUUGGUGAUUGAAUGGUCUUACGAUAUCUUUUCACAUCCGCUGCCACACAGUUCAAAUUCGGGAUGGCACUGCCUUUGUUGGCUGCACUUCAAAUGCAUUUGGAUCCCGGAAUGCGGACCUUACGUUCUAUAGCUUCCCCAUCCUCCCCAUGCGGUCUUAUCGGCACGUCGCUCCGUGCAGCGCUGCAAGAUGCAGCCACGACGCGGGCGACCGCGAGCGCACAAUCGCCACUCUCAGCUGUCCUCCUAGCCACCUGAAAGAAGUGAAUGGAGUGCAUUCGACCGCGCCGGCACGUCUCCAAAGUAUCUCCGAGGACGUGAGAGUGCGGCGUGCAGAUGAACAAUUGGAGGUGGCAGAGAUGGAUGGUCC